AUGCUACUUGAAGGCAUCAAAAUAUAUUUGAAGAACGUGGGAUCAUCAUCAGUUAAAGCUGAGAAUAAUGAAAAGUUCAUGGCUGAUGAUGAAAAUCCUGAAACUUUAUUUCAUCAACUGUCGCUCAAAUUUAUGAAAAUAUCAAAGAAAAAAAUAAAUGAAAACACAAUCAAAAUAGUCGCAAAAAAUGGUUUUAAUUUGCAUAAAAUUCUUAUUUCUAUUCACAGACAAGGUGUAGAGGAAUAUGAUUGUCGGUUUUUUGGCGAUAAUGCUUUUCUUUGCUGA